AUGCACCUUCAGAAGACCCUGCGAGUGCUCUUCAACACUCGGUUAGGCCAUGCAGUGGGUCAGGAUCGAAAACAUGAGAGUUCUUCAUUCCCGGGCUUGGGACUAGGGCCGCAUGUGGAAAGUCGCAUGGCGGCGCAGACUGGAAGCGAGAGGUUGGCGCUCCUGCGCCAGCGCCUCUUCCCCCGGGCCGAGGGCCGGGAAGAUGCGAAGGGACAGCUCUUUGUCACUGUGAUCCGUGCGACGAACCUCAACCUGCCUGCCUUUCGGUGGUUUCCACCGCAGGCGGUCAUCGCCUUGGGGCACCAUGAGCGCCGGUCUCCCUUGGGAGAAGCUUUCGGGGCGCACCCCAUCUUCGACUGGCGCACGGAGCUUCCUUUCACAGGGCACGAGUCCCACCUGGUCUUCGAAGUGGUUUGCGAGGAUUUCCUGCUGGGGAGCUGCUUGGUGCCCUUGCAAGAGGUGCUGAGCGGGGCAGCGACGGGCGCCUUCCGGCGGGUGCUGCCCUUGGCUGAAUCCGGAGAAGGAGAGCGCCCUGAACUCUACGUCAUGGUCACCACGACCUUGGAUGGCGACGUUCGUGUGCCGGUCGUUCAGGAGAGCGCUGCGAGGCAGCUGCAGGCGCGCACGUCGCAGCUCCGGGUGACGCUGCGCUCCCUGCGUGUCACCGAGAAGUUUGCCAUUGACAAUGGCACCAACAAGAUCUGCCCGUAUGUCUCAGCAGCUUGCGGCCAGCAAGUAGGCCGGACAAGGCCCGCCUUCGUGAUGGCGAGUCGCGAGGAUAGCCAGAGCCAGAGGUUCGUUUUCACCGGGCUCCCCAGCAGCAACUUCGAGUGUGGAGAGCUCCUCCGCGGCCGAUGGGACAAAUACCGGGCGGCGCCCUCCUCGCAGGAGCGCCACUCGUCACAGCCCCAAUUCGGCUAUCGCAUGAAGGUGGAGACAGGUGGUCUGCAGCUUUCUUAUUGCAACGUGGAGUUUACCUUCUGGUACCAGCAGCAGGAGUUGCUGGAGCUAUCUGUGUUCGAUGACAUCUUUCUGGUCUAUCCCGACCCUCUGGUUGCCACCGGGGCAGUAGACAUCAACGAAGCCUUCCGCCUGGCCUUUGCAGAAGAUGGCACCUUGCUGGACGAUGAUGGCCGGCAACCGGCCGUCGUAGUGCGUGUGCCGCUGUCCUCGUCCAUUGCUUCCUUGCGGCCAUCAGGUAGCGUUGGCAAUGCCAGUGCAGGGGUCGCCGAUGGUGGGGAUGGUGGAACAGGUGGCAGCACUAGCUCUCACGCUGCCGGAGAGAUCGAGUUGCAGAUCGAGUUCUUGGAGGAACCCGUGGCCUGCCCUACAGCGCUGGAGAACACCUUCCGCCGGGCGAUGCGGGCUCGGAAGGAGGCCUCCGAUCUGCAUCAUGAAAGCUUGCAGUACCUGGCAGACAUCACCGAGGGCGACAUCACCGCAACCGGCCUUCCUCCUCUGGAGGACCUCUUCCGCGAGCAGCGCCGCACACUGGCUGUCCUUUGCGCUUCCUGUGCUGUGGCCACGGCGAGAAGGCUCGCCAGCCACGAGGGCCGUGCAACAGUGCUUUUUGCAGAUCGUCUCCACGGUGUCACGGAGGGUCUUUGCCAGCUCCUCGUGCCCGAUGACUCGGAGUUAAAAGAAGAUCUGCUGAGCUCGGCUCGUAAUGCGGUCACCUACAAGCCAAUCGAGGAGGCAGCGGAGGCCUACCGUCAGAAUUGCCGGCCUUCCGGUUCUCGUUUGGAGCUGCUGCUUCCCAUAGGCACCUUGCUCGCCUCAUCUUCCAGCUCUGGUGCCCUGUUGCGCGUUUCCCUGAGGAAGGCGGCAGAUGCAAUCGAACCAGCAAGCGGCACUGGGCGGCUCUUCUUCGAGCUACUGGAACGGCACCUGGCAGCCCUGGGCCGCCUUCCGGCGCCCGAGGCUCCCCGGCUAGAGCUCGCUGAGGCGGCGGCAGGAGCUGAGCCCAGAGACUUGGCCGCCGAAGAGGCAGCGCCCGUGACUUUCGAACAGCAAGACCAACUUCGCCGUGGGCGGGCGGCCAUGUACACCAAUUUCUUCCCCGAGAUCGAGUGGAGCCGCCUUCUGGACAGAAGCCUGGAAGAGACCAAGGUUCCGAUCGUUCCAGGGAAGUAUCGGUACAUCAUUCCAUCGUCCCUGGCGUUGGGCGGCAUGUUUGGCGCACUCGCGUCCAUCUCAUACAUCGAGACGGCCGUGAUUCUGCACACGCUGGACGAAGAGAUCCUUUGCCGCGAGGACUACCACCACAUCGCGCUGAUGCGUGGGGCCUGCUACUUGGUGAAGGACUCGCACGUCGAUGGCUUCAUGGAGUGGGUCGCCACUUCGCCCGCCUGGUUCAAGGCCCUCUUCGGCAUCUUCGCGACCUCCGGCGCAACGGUGGCGCUUCAACAACUGCGCCGCCGGUAUUUCCUGGUGCGCGAGAUGAGACUGGAGCCGCUGGGCCCCUGCCUGUCUCCGCACAAGGUCAUCUGUGUGUCUGGAUUCCUUCGGAGCCUUGCAGACGUCUGCCAGCCCUGGGCAGUGGAGGGUCCCUGGACAUCUGGUCAAGUUUGCUUCCUGCGCUUUGAGACAGAGGUGCUCUACAAGCUCGGAAACCAGCUGCGAGAUGCUUUGGCCAGGGAUCUGAAGCGGACAGAGUACAUCGCUGCCUUCCUGAUGUCGCUAUCGAACCCCAUCACUUUCCAACAGCGAGUCAUCAAGACCGUGCUGGAAGAGCUGGGUGACCUCUUGGACCAGGCGUGCGAACGGGCGAGACAGGUGGGCCGCCUCCUGGCCCAGCAGCUCGUGGAGGCAGCGGAGGCCUCGCGCGGGAGGCUGACGGUGAGCUUGCUCGGCUUUUCUGCCGGCGGAGUGGUGGUGCAGAGCUGCCUGCAGGGUCUGCAAGAGCUCCGUAAGGACGGAAGGGCCGAAGCCGCCGACGUGGUUUGCGACGCCGUCCUGCUAGGGACACCUGCGGCUGCCCUUGACGAUGGAUGGUCACAGUUGCGAGAGCUGGUCACGGGGCGCUUCGUGAACGGUUUCUUUGCACAAGAUGGCUUCCUCCUGUCGCACCAGUUUCGCAGAGGAGGUACCAAGCUUGCAGGCUGCAGUCCGCUGCAUGCCCCGGAUGUGGAGAACAUCCCUAUGGACUCGUACAUCACGACCCACAACGAGUAUCCGGAACAGAUGGCGCUGAUCCUUCAUCGCAUCUUCCACGGUGACACGAAGGUGCACGCUGCCACUUCCGUCCGUAGGGCCGAGUGGUUCGAGGGCAGUCUACGACUCCUUUGCGAGGGGGAGGAUGGCUCUACCGAGGUGGUGGCCAUGGAUGGCUUCAGCGACGCUGACUUUGAUGCCCUGUGGCGGUACUUUGAACAGACAUGCGGUGUGUACUUAAAGAAGCACCGGCCGGUUGCAGCACUCUCGGAGGCUGACUUCGACCUUGCCAUGCGGAGCAUCGAGGAUGCGGCAGACAGGGUGGACGAAGCCUCGGCGGGCUCGGUGCAGAAGAAGGCGAAGGAAGCCGACCUCAUGAAAAAGGUUGAGAGCGUCCGCGACGGGCUCGAUCAAGCCGUCAGCGGGGACAAGCAGGCCCUGAGCCGCGUCUUCGCCGAUCGCGGCUGCGAGCGAAUCGGCCGGCUGCGGCUGGUCGUGGACACGGUUCAGCUCGAGGCGCAGGAUUUGGGCUCUGAGGGCUAG